CGCCGCUUCGCUACAUUGUAUCCGCCGGCGGCGGAGAACAAUAGGCGCCGCCGCCGCCCCCGGGCCUGGGCGCCGCGGCCGCCCCCGCCCCCGCCGCGACCCCCGACACCCUUCAUGCGCUUCCCCUGCCCCGGGCGCGCCGGGCCUGGAACAGGACUGCCACUGUUGAGUCUGUGGGAAUAUGAAUCAGCAGCAGCAGAGAAUGGCUGCAGUUGGGACAGACAAAGAGCUCAGUGACCUGCUGGACUUCAGUAUGAUGUUUCCCUUGCCAGUGGCUAAUGGAAAAAACAGACCCACGACCCUUGCGAGCACUCAGUUUGGAGGAUCAGGCUUGGAUGAAAGGCCGGGAUCAGGUUCCUGGGGAACGGCAGAUCAAAACAGCUCUACGUUUGACCAAGGAAGGCAGAGCUAUGGUGAAGGCCCCCACUAUGGCGAGCACCGGGACCUGCCAUCCCACAACAGCAUCUCCUCGUCCCCAUUCCUGGGAGCUGGACUCGUGGGGAAGAGCAGUGAAAGAGCCUCAUACUCCACGUUUGGAAGAGACACAGGGAUGCCAGCACUAAACCAGCCUGGUUUCCUGCCCAGCGAGAUGGGAAUCGCCAGCCCGAGCACGCUUUCCCCCACCGGGGGCAAAGGGGGGGCUCAGUAUUUUUCUUACCCCAACAAUCCUCGCAGGAGAGGUGCUGAGAGCAGCAUAGAUGGACAGCCCAAAAAGGUUCGGAAGGUGCCUCCUGGACUCCCCUCCUCGGUGUAUCCAUCCAACUCAGGUGAUGACUACAGCAGGGAUCCAGCUGGAUAUACUCCCUCGAAACCUCCCAGCACUGUGUAUCCUGGAGCCUUUUACAUGACAGAUGGACUCCAUAACUCUGCAGACCUGUGGAGUUCCCCGGGUGCCAUGAGCCAGUCGAGUUACGGUGCCAUGCUGGGCAGCUCCUCGUCCCCGCUCCCGCAGUCCAGCGGCUUCAACAGUUUACACCAGCACGAGCGCAUGAACUACCAGCUGCAUUCAGGAGAGGUGAACGGCGGGCUGCCCUCCGUGUCCGGCUUCUCCUCGGCGCCCACGGCGUACGGAGUGUCCAGCCACACCCCCCCGAUCAGCGGCACCGACACCAUCAUGGGUAACAGAGGAACCACGGCCGGGAGCUCCGGGGACGCGCUUGGGAAGGCUCUGGCCUCGAUUUACUCCCCCGACCACUCUAGCAAUAACUUCUCCUCCAACCCCUCCACCCCGGUCGGGUCCCCGCAGGGCCUCGCAGGCUCGUCGCAGUGGCCGCGGGCAGGCGCAGCGGGUGCCUUAUCUCCCAGUUACGAAGGGAGCCUCCACACUUUGCAAAACAAAAUGGAAGACAGGUUGGAUGAAGCCAUCCAUGUGCUGAGGAACCACGCCGUGGGCCAGACCUCUGCCAUGGCCAGCAACCACAGCGACAUGCACGGGCUGCUGGGCUCAGCACCAGCACACAGUGCUGCCGUGGGCAGCCUGGGCCAGGCCUUCCCUGCCUCAGUCAUGGCCCUGGGGAGCAGGCACCCGAGUCUGGUGGGAGGAGGCCACCCUGAGGAUGGGCUGUCCAGCAACCCCAGCUUGCUCCACAACCAUGUCACACUUCCAUCCCAGCCCAGCUCGCUGCCGGACCUCAGCAGGCAGCAGGACACGUACAGUGGUUUGUCUGGGGGGCUGGGACGGAGCAGCGUCUCCUCAGGAACGAGCGAGAUAAAGAGGGAGGAGAAGGAGGAUGAGGAGAACACGUCGGUGGCAGAUAACUCAGAAGAGGAGAAGAAGGAGCUGAAACCCUCCCGGAACAGAACAAGGUGCUCUUUGAACAGUCAAGAUGAGGAUGAGGAGGACGAUCUUCUUCCCCCAGAGCAAAAAGCCGAGAGAGAGAGAGAAAGGAGGGUCGCCAAUAAUGCCCGUGAGCGCCUGCGGGUUCGUGACAUCAACGAGGCCUUUAAGGAGCUCGGACGCAUGUGCCAGCUGCACCUAAACAGCGAAAAACCGCAGACCAAACUGCUAAUCCUACACCAGGCCGUAUCAGUCAUACUGAACCUGGAGCAACAAGUUAGAGAGCGCAAUCUGAACCCAAAAGCCGCCUGCUUGAAGCGUCGGGAAGAAGAGAAAGUGUCUGGAGUGGUAGGAGACCCCCAGAUGACACUGUCAGCUUCCCAUCCUGGUCUAGGAGACGGUCACAACCCUGUUGGACACAUGUAAAGAUCAUUUUGUUCCUCUGGAUACAGAGGUCUGUAGGAAGAAACCCUCGGUGUGACCUGCAGCCCUGUUGAACCAUGAACUGUAGUACUGCUCAUACUGACACACGCAGGCGGAUCCUGGCGUGACGUAAGGAGUGGAAAAAAUACUUUGUCAGAAACAAAACGGAAACAAAAAAUUGCCUUAAGUAUAAAGUGCAGAACAGUCAAUACAUAUCACUCAGUUAGGAGGGGGUGGCGUGUUCUCUUGGCUUGUUCACAAGCAGCCAGCAGCAAAAUUGUGCCUAAGCUUGAUAUUUCUUUUUUAAAAAAAAAGAACAUUAGUUAUGAGAUUUUUUAUGUAGAACAAAUAGCAAUGCCUUUUGGUUUUUUUAGCUUCUUUUGCAUAUGUUUUGUAAGCAACGAAAAAUUUUUUUUUUGUAUAAAAACAUGUCUUGUACCCUC